AUGGAGAAAUAUCUUACAAACACGGAUCUAACUUCUCAAAACGAUACCCAAGAUAGCCCACGGGGGGCUCCAGGUUCAGCAAGGUUCAAGCCUUAUACUAUUCUGGAACGUAAAUGUGGUCCCAAAAAGAAAAAUAGCCUACUCGAUCUUUUACCUGAAAGCGGGAAUCCGCCCUCAUCUUCAAGUGUCACCAAGCUGCUUUUGAAGACACUGAAAGAGGCUACCAAUCCUAUCGCCCAUUCUGAUCUUUACGAACGCACAGAACAUGUAGUAUCAAUGGCUUCAGGUCACCAAGUUUCGGAAAGUCGUAGGAACCAUCGUCCGUACCUCCAAGAACGCAGCCGUAAGCUAGCAGUACAAAAGGAAACUAUCAAUGCUGCAGAGCAACCCCAAAUCUUGUCCAAUGUUAAAGUCUACAUCGAUGGCUUUCUGACAGGAACCACGGAUAUUGAAAUGAAGCGUGUAGUCAGUCGCGCAGGCGGCCAAAUACUAUAUUCAGCCUCUGGCGCUACCCACAUCUUGAGCUCACAAUCAUUGAGUGGAUCCAAGACACAUAGGCUUUUAAGCAAGAAGACACGCAUUUCUGUCCAUGUAGUUAGACCCGAGUGGGUGUUCGACAGCAUAAAGGCAGGGAAACGGCGACCUGAGCGAGAUUACACGAUUUUGAAGAAUAGCAGCACGCUGAAUAUCGCGAUGAUGGUGCAGAAACAGAAAUAA